AUGUCGACUGAAGGAGUUGGAGCAGCUUACGACCGCGUUGGCACCAGGGACAGCAUCAUGAUCCGUGUUCCUGACCACACCGUGACGUGCCACUUGUGUGACAUAACUGGACCCCUCGCUAUUACGUCUGCCAAUCCCAGUGGAGAACCAGACAGCACCCACCACAGCAUGGUCAUCAAUCGACUGGGGCACAAGAUCCAGGGGGUCCUCUGUGACGGUGACUCAAAUCAGGUUGUUGCCUCCACUGUGGUCAACUGUCUGAGGAUUGAUGAAGGAAUCAUCGGCAUUGUCAGGGAGGGCUGCGUUCCUGCAGCAAAGGUUCAUCAGAUCUUUGACAGAGUGAAAGGCUCUAUGUUGUGA